CGUUCGGAAGUUUUGCAGCUCGCCAAUCUUGGCGUAGGUCAUCGGAUGCAACUCCGGAAACAACAGACAACAACGACAACACACGACACUACACUACAUACACACACACCCAACACGCCAACACGCCAACACGCCAGCGACAUGGGCAGCCAGACAACCAGAGCACGGGUCUAGUCAGCUGGGCGGCCCCCACGGCACCUCAGCGUCGCAUCGGGCCCCUCUGACGCAUCGCACCCUGCCCUGCCAGCCUGCCAGCCUGCCUGCGCACACAAGCGAUGCGAGAGGGAAGACCAAGCAGCCGAGGCAGGGUGGCAGGGUUCUCCAAAGGCUCGCGGCCACGGCAGGCUUGCCUUGACGAGCCACAAGCACCACGCAUGGCACGGCCUCUGAUUCGACCUGUCGAAAAGCGAUCCGACAAGUCAUGGCCCGCCAUGUGCCUCCCGCACACACCUCAUCGGGAGAGGCGUACCCUGUGCGCCCCUUGUGCGUCCUGUCACCACGCCGGACCUCGUCUUAGUCGCCGGACUGGGCAGGAGGGCUUGAGGGCUUGAUGUUACCUGUGGGAUAUGGGACAUGGGGCAUGGGACAGAACAUGCAAUCCCCGUCAUCGCCCACAGGUACCCCCAGCCUGAUGACCGAGCGACAAUCAUGCCCAGGCCCAGUGCCGGAUUUAUGCCUUGGGGGAAUCGAAUCCUACGCUGUGUCAGCUCUGCAAUUUGAGCGUUUGUGCCAGGCAGUAAGCUUCAACAAGUCCACGGCAUGAGUACGUGAGCGUCAAGGGGCUGCCAGCGGCCGCUUGCCCUUGCACUCCAGCCCGGGAGGCUUUUCUUGGGAGAACGAUAGCCGCAGCGCAGAGUUGCGUGUUGGUUCCAUUGUGUUGGUUCCAUUGUGUUGGUUUCAAGUGUUAUUUUUUGUCUUCAGCUGUGCGGCAUACCAAAAUACAUCAUCGCUCAGAUCCCGCCGUAGCGCACCUACGCUACGCUACUCAGCCCUGCGAAUCCUACUCUAGCGAGGUCCUGGUUUUGCGGAGAGACACACGGGACUAGCACAUCUCUGCCACGCGACUAUCCGAGGCGAGCAGCCCUGCAGUCUCUGACGGACUCAUGCCGAGUAACGAAGGAACAUACUCUCGCACCUGAGAGCCACCCGGGCCUCCCAGGGUGCCGACCCACCGCCACAGCAUCCUUCCCCUUCGUCCACUCCCGUGAGGCAAGCUACGGUCUUUAUUUUUUACCCUCUCCAGGGUCAUGGCCGCCUCAUUGGCCGCAUGGCCCUUGUCUUCGACGGCAGUCGCAGUGUAGGUAGCCACUGCAGGAAGGUGGGGUUGCCUAGAUCACGUGACCUGGGCCGCCCACCUUCCCCAUGGCUGCCUUCCCUGCAGUAGCUGUCUACACUGCGAGAGUUGCAUUCCAAUUUCAUUCCCACUUUCAUUUCCACUUUCAUUCCCACUUUCAUUCCCACUUCGUCUUCAUCAGUUACGUCGAUCAUUCUUUACGGCGUCCGACACCAGCACUCAUUCCGUCAAAAAGCUCGAACAUACAUGUCCUAAUCUGAUCACUGUCCUCACCAUGCCAGACGACUCUGUACUCGAGUUCGUCGUCUCACAGACAUGGAAAUGUCUGUCCGUCAAAGUCAAAGGCAAAAACUCAAUUUUCGCAAAAUGUUUCUUUGACCAGGAGAUCCUGUCCGAAAUCGCCCAAGACGCCAACAUCUUUUUCGCCCCUGGCCUCCUGGAAGCUAUGACCGCCUCCACCCCCCCAGACGUCAACUUUUUCAAGUCUCUCCCUGUCAAGUAUCUCGGAGUCUGGGGCAUCUAUGUCCUCGUCCUCGAGAAAAAAAACCACCCCACCCUUGUCUACAUUGGCGAAGCCUCGGACGCCAAGCUAGGCGUGCGCGGCCGUUGGAGACAUUAUGAGAACCCUCGUGUCUACCGAAAGAUGCUCCCCACUUGUGUCAAGGCGGCUCUCGACAGUGGCUAUAAGAUCUCCUACAAGGGGGUCUUAGCCUAUUUCGGCAUUCCUUCUGCAAAGGAUGUCCCGCGGUUUCGAGUCCUCAGUUAUGCACUCGAGUGCAUGUUCGCAUUCUACUUCUGGACCAUGCGCUCCAUCACCAAGGACUAUGGGAUAGGGUCUUGCUGUCCUUGGCCUCGCGACUCGUUCACUUACGGAGGUUUAUGCAGCCACAGCUCAUUGAACGACCCUAUGAGGGCCAGACUCGAUCUGUCAGCUGAGCAAUUAGAAUUGCUUGCCUCCCAGAACGAUAUGAACAAGAGAGCCCGCGAAACUCGUGCGAGGCGGCGAGACGCUAAGAUCUACCACUGUGACGACUACGACUCGUCAUUCAGCACUCCAAGUGAGCUCGUCACCCACAAGGCAGGCGUCAUGCACAAGAAGCGUGUUGCGGAUAACGCCGCCGGUGUCGAACGAGAGUUCGAGUGCCCGCCCUGCGGUAAAAAGUACAAGAAAAUCCAGGACCUGGAAAAACACGAGGAAGGCCCGAGACAUGCCGCUGUCAUUGCAAGAACCCCAGUCGACGCUCGCCCACCUCCUAGGCCGCCAAGAGUCAUCAAGAAACAUCCAAAACGCACCAAGGAAGAGCGCGAGUCACAGAUUCUCUACUGUCCUGCCUGCGACCUGCACAUGAAAAGACCCAGCCAAGUCAUCAUUCACAACAGGUCCGCGGGUCACAAGAAACGCGAGGCGGACAUCGCCGCCGGUUUGGAUCCAGAUCCUGAGCCACUGAAUCUUCACUGUGAUUCCUGCGAUGUCACUUGCAAGAAGCGCAGCGAGAUGAUCAAGCACAACAACUCCGCCAAACACAAGAAACGCAUCGCGAACCUUGCCGCCGGCAAGACCUACGACUUCCGCUGCAAGAUCUGCGACAAAAGCUUCGUGAAUAUUCACCAACUGAACACCCACAAGGAGAAGAGUGCGCGACACAAGCAGAGGGUGGCAGCCCUCGAGGCCUCUGCCUAAGGAGAACACAGCACCAGUACCAUUCAUCAUGAUAUCAACAUUGCUAUUGCUAGAACCCUAAGAACAUUGUUAGCGCGGCGUCAAUAUUGCUAGGACCGACGGACCAGAACAAUACCAAUAUUGCUAGAACCCCAAAAUGAAAUUACAAUAACAACACAUACAUUUGAAGUCC